AUGUCUGAAACCACAAACUCACCGACCACAACCACUGGAACAAUCGCUGUAUCAGCCACUUCAUCGAUUCUCAAUGUCAAUAUGACAAACGUAACCAAUCUCACCGGUUCCAACUUUCUGAUGUGGAGCAGACAGGUUCAUGCUCUGCUUGAUGGUUACGACUUGGCCGGCUACAUUGAAGGCUCCAUCGCCGUGCCCUCCGCAACGAUUACCUCUGAAGACGGUAUCACAACCAACCCGGCUUACACUCUCUGGAAAAGACAGGAUCGCCUGAUUUACAGUUCCUUACUCGGUGCAAUCACGCCCACGAUUCAACCCAUCCUCUCCACUGCGUCAAGUGCAUCAGAGAUCUGGCAAACCCUCACCAUGACCUAUGCGAAACCAAGUAGAGCUCAUGUCAAGCAUAUUCGUCAACAGAUUCAAAACUGGAAGAAAGGCAGUAAGUCUAUCAAUGAGUACUUUCAAGGACUUACAACACGAUUUGAUGAACAGCCAUCAACCGAGAGUACUAGUCAUGGAAAUAGGAACAAGUGUCCUGUUCCAAUACGGUCGAAAGCUUUAGUAAACCCGAGAAACAAAACUCAGCAGAGGAAAGCUGUGUUAAAGGGCUUAGAGCAUUAA